UCUGAUUUGCAUUAAGGGGAGCCUGAAGGCAACGUCACCACUCUUGUGGACUGACAUACGCAUAUAAACAUUUUGUAACCGUUUGUAACAAGUCAUGGCUGCACCGUUGGUCAGGAUUUUCUCAAAGUCGUGCAGACAGAUCUUUCGACCAUGGGGUACAUGCCAGGUUGGAUGGAGGAGCAGGUCCACCAAUCCUGCCCCAAAUACGUCCUCAGACCAGGCAGCUGGGGUCGUCUCCUUUCCUCCCCUUCAAACAUUUUCAGAGGAGGAGAGCAUGAUGAGGGAAGCAGUUAAAAAGUAUGCACACGAGCGCAUUGCUCCGUUUGUGUCAAAGAUGGAUGAACAUUCUGCCAUGGAGGAGGAAGUGCUCAAGUCUCUCUUUGAACAGGGUCUCAUGGGUAUUGAGAUUGACCCAGAGUACAACGGCACUGGCUCCUCAUUCUUCUCCUCCAUUCUGGUCAUUGAGGAGCUGGCGAAGGUGGACCCCUCUGUGGCUGUGCUCUGUGACAUCCAGAACACACUGAUCAACACACUGUUUGCGAAACUGGGUACAGCAGCUCAGAAAGAGCAGUACCUCAGCCGACUGUCAACUGACAUGAUCGGAAGCUUCUGCCUCUCUGAAGCUGAGUCGGGGAGUGAUGCCUUCUCUCUAAAGACACGUGCUGAAAAACAUAAAGACUAUUACGUCAUUAAUGGAUCCAAGAUGUGGAUCAGCAAUGCAGAGCAUGCAGGUGUUUUCCUGGUGAUGGCCAAUGUAGACCCGUCUGCUGGAUACAGAGGCAUCACCUGCUUCAUCGUGGACCGGGACACGGAGGGGCUUGAGAUUUGCAAGAAGGAGAACAAGCUCGGCCUGCGUGCGUCCUCCACCUGCCCGCUCAACCUGGACAAUGUCAAGGUACCAGAGAAGAACAUUUUGGGAGAGAUCGGUCAGGGGUACAAGUAUGCUAUCGGAAUGUUGAACGAGGGCAGGAUUGGAAUUGCCGCUCAGAUGCUUGGGCUGGCACAGGGUUGUUUCGACCACACUAUUCCUUACACCAGACAGAGAAUGCAGUUUGGAAAACGCAUCUUUGACUUCCAGGGCAUGCAGCACCAAAUAGCCCACGUAGCGACGCAGAUUGAAGCAGGUCGGCUGCUGACGUACAACGCUGCUCGUCUGAAGGAAGCCGGGAGACCUUUCAUCAAGGAGGCCUGCAUGGCUAAAUACUUCACUGCAGAGGUUGCGUCCCUAACCACAUCUAAAUGCAUCGAAUGGAUGGGAGGAGUAGGCUUCACCAAAGACUACCCCAUAGAGAAAUACUACAGAGACUGUAAAAUUGGUACCAUUUAUGAGGGCACAACAAAUAUUCAGCUAUCCACUAUAGCCAAGUUCAUUGAUCAGGAAUAUGAUCACUGAAACCAGCCGACCGGAGCCUGACGGAUGACACUCCACUUUGUUUUCCCCUCCUCAAAUGACUCUGGGGGUGCAUUACUGCUUUCAUGUCUCUAGAGUUUUGUUGCAGUUCAAGAUGUUUGUUCAUAGUAUCAAUCAUUGUUACUCUUUAGGUAGUUUGCACUACUGAUGUUACUGAUGUUGUGGUUGUAUUUCUCCAUCUUUAGGGUUAAAGUAAUAUGCUGCUUAUUUUGAUUAAUCAUUUGACAAAUAGGAAAUAAUGAAAAAUGAUCAUCCCAGUUUCUCAAAAUCCAAGGUGAUGUAUUUUAAAUGUCUUGUUUUGUCAGACCUGAACACAGAUAUUCACUGUAAUAUGAUAGAAAACAGAGAAAAGCUGGACAUUUCCAUAUUUAAAACGGCAUUUUCUGCCAUUUUUGCAAGAAGAAUUACUUUAAAGAGUAAUCGAUUAUCAAAAUAGUUGUCUAUUUAUGUUUCUGUUGAUUGACUAACCGUUGCAGCUCUACAUAUAGCGCUGUACCACGUCCCUCUUGUCCAUAUUCUUCCUUUGUUUAUUGGUAUUGGGUUGAUGAAUCAUGUCAGAAUAACAUAACUGAUCCAUGUGUUGUUUAAAGAUAUAGAUUUCCUUUGAAUGUUUCAGUGCCUUCAGAGGGUCAGCUAUGAGUCUGUCUUCACAGGACACUCUCAUAUGCUCCAUAACCCACCGUACAGUUUCUUGUUGGGGAAAAUGUAAUUUCACAUGAUAAAGAAAUGAACUUUUUUGCAAUAUCAAUAAAUAUGAAGUAUUCUGUA